GCAAAUCUUUCUGUGGCUGCAGGUCACCGCAGCAAAAUGACAAAAAAGCAGAGCAACAGAUCCAUUUCCGCACAUUCCUAGUACUCGAGGCCACUGCUCUUCUCCAUUCGCAUCAAGCUUGUCGCCAUGGUUGCCAUCUCCCCCCACCUCACCGCGACCCUUCCGUUUCUGCCGACUCUGCGGCCUCGUCCUCGCCGGCUUCCGCCGGACGCCUUCGCGGCCUCCGUGUCCCCUCACCGAACCGCCGUCGUCGCCCUCCACGGCUCCAGGCAUUGCAAUCCUUUAGCAAGAAGAUUUCAUGGGUUUGAGAAUACAAUAAGCUUCUGGACGGAGCACAAUAAGCAAGCUCUAUUUGCCUCAGGCAGGGAUUCUCCAAGCACAAAACAGAGCAACUCCAGUGGUGAUAGCUCGAGUUCUCCAGAUGGCCCACCUGUCCUGACUAUUCUGGCAGGUGUCAUUGUGUUCCUUCUUGUCCUUUGGGUGACUGGAUCGAUCGUUACCUGGAUUGUGGGUUUGGUCUUUGUCGCUGCGAAAUCUUAGAAGCUCCGUUUGAGGGUAGCUAAGAACCUUUUCUGUUGUAUAUACUUUGCUUGUGCUGUAAUUUCUUGCUGAAGCCUUGAAAAAAUUGCAUCUGUCUGGUAUGUUUUUAUGACAAGUCAUGCAUCAUAUUCUUGUU